GGGCGAGAGAGCCGCCGCCACCCGCCGGAGCCUCCCUCUUUCCUCCCUCCGCUUUCGGGCUGUCAUGGCGACCCCCAACAACCUGACCCCCACCAACUGCAGCUGGUGGCCCAUCUCGGCGCUGGAGAGCGAUGCGGCCAAGCUGGUCGAGGCUCCCGACGCACCCGCCGCGGCCAGCCACGCCCAUUGGCCCAAGGAGAGCCUGGUUCUGUACCACUGGACCCAGUCCUUCAGCUCGCAGAAGGUGCGGCUGGUGAUCGCCGAGAAGGGCCUGGCGUGUGAGGAGCGGGACGUGAGCCUGCCGCAGAGCGAGCACAAGGAGCCCUGGUUCAUGCGGCUCAACCUGGGCGAGGAGGUGCCGGUCAUUAUCCACCGCGACAACAUCAUCAGCGACUAUGACCAGAUCAUCGACUACGUGGAGCGCACGUUCACAGGAGAUCACGUGGUGGCGCUGAUGCCAGAGGCCGGCAGCCCGCAGCACGCACGGGUGCUGCAGUACCGUGAGCUGCUGGACGCGCUGCCCAUGGACGCCUACACGCACGGCUGCAUCCUGCACCCAGAGCUCACCACCGACUCCAUGAUCCCCAAGUACGCCACGGCCGAGAUCCGCAGACAUUUAGCCAACGCCACCACGGACCUCAUGAAACUGGACCAUGAAGAGGAGCCCCAGCUCUCUGAGCCCUACCUUUCUAAACAGAAGAAGCUCAUGGCCAAGAUCCUGGAGCACGAUGAUGUGAGCUACCUGAAGAAGAUCCUCGGGGAGCUGGCCAUGGUGCUGGACCAGAUCGAGGCUGAGCUGGAGAAGAGGAAGCUUGAGAACGAGGGGCAGAAAUGUGAGCUGUGGCUCUGCGGCUGUGCCUUCACCCUCGCCGAUGUCCUCCUGGGGGCCACCCUGCACCGCCUCAAAUUCCUGGGACUGUCCAAGAAAUACUGGGAGGACGGCAGCCGGCCCAACCUGCAGUCCUUCUUCGAGCGCGUCCAGAAACGCUUUGCCUUCCGGAAAGUCCUCGGCGACAUCCACACCACACUGCUGUCCGCUGUCAUCCCCAAUGCGUUCCGGCUGGUCAAGCGGAAACCCCCAUCUUUCUUUGGGGCGUCCUUCCUCAUGGGCUCCCUGGGUGGGAUGGGCUACUUUGCCUACUGGUACCUCAAGAAAAAAUACAUCUAAACCAGGCCCCGGGCUUGGUGUCUUGA